UUUUUACGCAGCCACCACAAACUAAAUUUUAGAUCACAUUCGAUUAGGACUGUCAAAACAUAACAACAAACGCGUGUUUUUUCAUUCUUGGGCUCAGCGCAAUUUAAAAAAUGUGCAGUAUCGGUGAGGAUGAUUUCGGUGACGAAGGCGGUGUUCACGCCAUGAAGGAAGAAUCCCCCCUACCGGAAGGCGCCACCACAAUCGAGCAGGAAAUAUGCCGCAAAUGUAACGACCAGCGUGCAGUUCUGAAACUGAACCAGAAAGAGCCUCAGUGCCGCGAGUGUUUCCUGCACUACGUGCGGCACAAGUUCCGAGCUUCACUGGGGGCCACUAAAAUUGUGCGACGAGGUUCCAAGGUGAUGGUGGUGUUCAAUGGGGCACCGGAAAACGUCGUCAUGCUAGAUAUGAUCCGACAUGGUUUGGAGCAGGAAGCCUUCAAGAAGCUGAGGGUGGAUCCGGUCGUGGUUUUUGUUGGUGAGGAUUUCAUUGGCCGGGAUCAAGAGGGAUAUGAGCAGAGCGUUAGGGAAAAGGUUCAAAUUCUUCGACAGUUUGGUUUUCCGGCGUAUUACACCGUUCUUGGUGCUCAAGAUAGCUGUAGUAUUGAGGACAAUUGUUUGGCGGGGAAAUUUAUAGGGGACCAAGAUAAGGUUACGAAGGUUCUACAAGGAAUCAAAAGCAUAACGUCGAAGCAGGACUUUAUCGUACAGACUAGGAAGCAAACGUACAAGGCCAUAGCCAAGAAGCUAGAAUGUGGGUAUAUAUUCCUUUCUAGCAUUGGGCUGGAACUCGCAAAGACUUUACUGUCGGACGUGUCUUUAGGCCGAGGAAAAUCCUUAGCACUGGACAUUGCCUUUUGCGACGACCGAGACGAAGAGCGGAAAAUUAUUCGUCCUAUGCGAGAUUUAAAUCCGGAAGAAAUCGAAUACUACUUAAAAUUUGCCGAGAAUCAAUUGCAAAGCGUAGCGAUUGUAGACCCAUACCUAGACAAAUCAAGUUUGCAAAACUUGACCUCCAAGUUUGUCGACGGGCUUCAGCUAUCUUUUCCUUCGACGGUGUCCACUGUGUUCCGAACUGGAGAUAAGCUUGGGGCGGAAAAGAUACCGACUUGUGAUAACCAACUAGAAGACGACGAUCAUUUCGCUACACUGUUUGAUAAAUCACUGAAACUUGAAUCAAACGCAGAAGAACCUCGGAAGUGCAAAUUCUGUCAUUCAGCCCUCGAUUAUCGAGAUUCGACCACGCUCUUUGCCACGGAGUUUUCCCGAAUGGUAUCCUCGCGAAUAAACGUACAGCUGAGCCACGAGGAAAUUAUCGAAAGUACUAAGCUGAUGGAGCAGGACGCAUGCAAAUUGGUCAAUGCAGAACUGGAGGACGAUGAAAUGAGACAACUCAAACGGGAGCUGUGCCACGCAUGUAGGAAUAUAUUGGUCGAUUUCGAUGGGAAAUAAUACAUGCUUCUGAAGCGAA